AGCAACAACAGUGUCGUUUCCCCUGAUUGGCUGAAUAACCUCAGUUCAUGACCAAAACCAAUCGGAAAGCACUGUGCAGCAUUCAUUGGGUUGCCCAGUCCUCGUGGUGAAAGCAUUGACGCCGGGUUCUGUCAUGACUUCCAACAUGCAGCAAAAUAAUUAUUCGUACCUCUUUGCAUUUGAAAAACAGUAUGACGAAUCAAAAUUUUUCAAGUACAUGGUAAGACACUGGGCAGACAGUUUUAUCUAUGCGUUCGUUUACAUCAUCCUGGUUUUCGGAGGAAAGCGGUACAUGGAGAAACGCCCAAGUUAUGGUUUACGACCCUGGCUUGCUCUUUGGAGUGGUAUUUUGGCAGUAUUUAGUGUCUUUGGUGCCGCUAGGACCCUUCCAGAACUUAUAAUGGCUGUUAAAGAACAUAGUUUCGAAUAUUCUAUAUGUGUACCUUCAUACCUCGAAAAUGCUGCAGCAGUGUGGACAUUCCUAUUUACUGUGUCUAAGGUGUAUGAGCUAGGUGACACCAUGUUUAUUGUCCUUCGAAAACAACCUCUUAUUUUUCUUCAUUGGUACCAUCAUGUCACUGUUCUGAUCUAUUCGUGGUACAGCUAUCCAGAGAGAACUGCCGUGGGAAGGUGGUUUAUGACAAUGAAUUACUUGGUACAUUCCAUCAUGUACUCUUACUAUGCACUGAAAGCCAUGCGAUUCAGUUUUCCUAAAUGGGUAUCAAUGUUCAUCACAUGUUUGCAACUUUUACAAAUGGUUAUAGGAUGUGUAGUGAAUGUAUGGGCAUAUCAAGUCAAAAAUGAGGGAAGGUAUUGCAACGUAUCAUAUGAAAACAUCAAAUACUCCCUGAUUAUGUAUGCAAGUUAUUUCUUUUUGUUUGCACAUUUUUUCUAUUCUGCAUACCUCUCUGGUAAACCUAGGGCAUCGAAACCUGUGAAGAAAGACUAAUUUUUUUCAUUUUAUUUGUAAUCUGCACAAGAAUGCAAUCAUAUUGACAAUGACCUUAAACUUAAAGUAUACUUGCACCGCUGAACAAGAAAUCCACACAUAAAAUCAAUAUUGUUGGACUUGUUGCUUCCAGUUAUGGACUAUGAUUUGGUGGCAUUUAGAUAAAAUUAAUGUGAAAGUGAACAUCAUGUAUGAAAAAAAAAAACAAACAAUGCAUACAAAUAUGUUUUACUAAAACAUAUAUGACACAUGUUCAGACAGUUUUAUUACUUGUUAUGUAUGAUAUUGUUUUAUAUUUACAUGUAAUAUUGUGUGUGAUAUUUAUAAGGAAAUUUUAAGGGUAAUUCAAAGUGUAUUCAAAGUUUCCUUUUAUUUCCUAUUAAUACUUUUUCUUCACACUUUCAUGUUUU